GGGCUGCUCGUAUGAUGGUCCACCAACACCUGGUAUAACCUCACCCAUGGACUGGGCCUUCCCUAUACGUGGUGUCUGCCGUGUUGGUUUUGCUCUGGCUCCUCCAAGUUUUCAAAAGUGUGAGGAUAUAGAUGAAUGUGGAGGACAUCAUCGGUCAAAAAGAUCUCAUUGGUGGUGGCAAUAUAUUCAGACUUCAGCUUCCAUAGAGCCGACGGCAACAGCGUUUAUGCCUGUUUCUGGGAAUGCUCCUCAAUCUACUAAUAUCGCACCUACACCCUCCCAGUCUCUUGCCGUCGCUACCCCGGCUCUUCCUGGAAACUGUUUCUAUCGCCUCAACCAACCUUGGGGUUCAUUUGAGAGUCCAGGCAAGCCAGGUUGUUACCCGAACAACAUGUACUGCGCCUGGCUGCUCCAACCUUUCUUUGGUCAAUACGUAUAUCUAGAAUUCAAUUCUUUCCAUUUGGAAUAUGGAGGUUCUCACUGCCCGUUCGAUUAUGUGAAAAUUCUUGAUGGUAACUCAUUGUACAGCCCUGUUCUUGUCAAGGCGUGCGGUCAGUUGGUAAGGUGGGAAUUGUACAGUAGUGGAUCGUCCCUUAUGGUGCUGUUCAAUUCGGACGGUAGCACCGGGAUGCCUGGAUUUUCUGCUUAUUUCUACGGUACAUCUAAAAGAUACAACAGCUCAUUACCAAGCCAACAAGUGUCAAUAAAAAGCUCAGUGCAGUGUUUUCCUACGCAGACACAAACUGCCACUCCUGCCUCGUCAAACGAGCACGCAAUCCGCCCGACACCAGCCUCCGUAAUGGCUAUGCCCUCUUACGCUGCUUCAAGUGUAAACGUCCAGCCAGAUCCUUCUCAGUUUCAUUUUCAUUUACCGACGGAAUGCGAUCAAAGUUGUCACAACACGUUCGGGAGUUACUCUUGCUCUUGCGUUAGUGGAUACCAAUUGGCCGCAGAUGGGAAAUCGUGCCUGGACCUCGAUGAAUGUUCGAUCAAUAAUGGCGGCUGCAGCCAUCAUUGUUACAAUAUUCCUGGAUCAUUUUAUUGUGGUUGUCCGGACGGAACCAGUAUGGGUGCUAAUAAUUUGACUUGUGUUGAACCUGGUGUGUCUGUCAACUGCAGUGACAUUAUAACGGUUGCCUUAGAAAAGAAGACAUUUCCAUUUUUUGACGUUGCCCGACUACAUUUGAGGUACUCAUCAUGUAAAGCCUCACAGAAUGACACCCAUCUACUGAUCAGCACUCCUUUGGAUGGUUGCGGAACACUGGUCAACGAGACUGAAGAUGAACUUAUCUUCUGGAAUGAAAUCCGAACGGAGGUGAUCCUUAUCGACAAUGUCAUAACUAGAUCCCAUGACGUCAAAAUUCCAUUUUAUUGCAGUUAUUCGAGAAGAACAUGGGUCAACCUGGGUUUCAAGCCUCAGCAUCUACACUUUGGAACAGAAGCUGGGUAUGGAAACUUUACCUUCAAAAUUGACUUUUACAAGAGCUCGUCAUUUGCUACUCCCUAUACUGAGCAGGACUACCCUCUGAGUGUACCAAUCAAUCAGUACUUGUAUGUGAGAUACAGCGUAGAAUCCAGUGCUGAUCUGGUGAUAAUGGCCGUGACAUGUAGGGCCACUAAAACUGGAAGCUUGUACUCCUGGCCACAAUACUCUAUUAUACUGAACGGUUGUCCGAAAGAUACCACCAUGGACUACAACUUUGAUCCCCAAAGGAAUUACCAGCAGUUCAAAAUCAGAGCAUUCAGAUUCUUUAACGACUACGAUCAGGUGUACAUUCACUGCGAAGUUUUGGCCUGCCAUAAAUACUCUCCAAACUCCAGGUGCACCCAAAGUUGUUUAGGCAGUAAGAAGAGAAAGCGGAGGGAUGUUACCCGUGACGAAACAGAACAUGAAGAGAGUACUACCAAAGUCACUCUGACACGAGGACCACUGAUAUUUCAACAAGACGAAGAACCAGGAGACACAGGUAAAAACAAGCAAACUGCGCUGAUUGGUGGCGUAGCAGGCGCUGGAGGAUUUGCUCUGGUUGCAGUUGCUGCAUUGGCUGUUUUAUUUGUCAAGUACCGCAUUGCACGACGGUUCAUGAACAGAAACAAGGUUGGAGACCAGUACGCAACCCAAGAUGAACAACUGAGCAGAAGAAAUGCCUACGUUCAGCCUGAAGAUAUGGUCGAACAGGAAGGCUCCUUCUAAAUAUAAGCUUUUUUCAGGGCUCACUUGCUCAAAGGACAGAUAACGCUAUCCGACGGACAAAUCACUAUCCAGUGGAGAAGUGUGUUUAAACCGUACUGCGCUAUCGACUGGAUAGGGAUUUAUCCAGUAAGAAAGCGUUAUCCACCCUUUUAACAACCGAAGCCUGCAUUGUUUACUUAUUUCCUUAUCAAGCAGCAAAUACAAAUGUAGUUCAAGAAAUUUCUUUCGGCAGUUACAAGGUUUGAGUGCUUUCAUUGCAACCUCUGAUAAAAAUGAACCUUCUCAUCUAACUCCUGAGCAAUUUAGCCUCAGGCUUACGUAACUUUUUUGUUAACUUACACCUUCAAAGCGUGCAGUCUCUUACAGACUGCAGGCCUUACUUUGCAUAGAUCGCUUUCAACUAUACACAGAGAGAAUGUUUUUAAGAAUAUGUAAGCCAAAACUGUAUAGAUCUUUGAGCUGUACCUUAAUUUAAGAACCUUUCACUGUUGAAAGGUAACUUUUAGAAAGCAAACAAAAUUGAAUGGGGAAAGUUGUUUUUCACAAAGCUGGUUAUCAUUUCUCAUUUUCAAACCUGCCUUUUCAUUCGCAUUUUUGUGUUCACUAGUUUUAGUCGCUUUAAAAUAUCGAAAAAAUUAAAUGAGUGCACUUCA